AUGGACCAAACAAAUAGUGUGCAGGGUAAAACCCUCGAUUACAGCUUGCCAAAUUUAAGCCAAUGGGCAGCUUACUGGAAGGACAGAUACUGCUUUUGUAGAUACCAACCUUCUCACCUGCUACCAGAAGCUGCACCCUCUCGGAUCCCUCUUGAUUCGUUCUGCAAAUGAACGAUUACGGGAUCUUACAAAGUGUCGAAUGGUCAGCAACCAGAAAAGCUCAUCAAAAAUCUUGAAGAGAAAGUUAAUAAUAUUCCACCUCAAAAUCAUAGAGCAAGUUCCUUCAGUUCCUCAGACAAGGAACUUGAGAUCCUAAAGGAAUGAGAAUAUUCCCUUCGAUAUGAUCCCGUAGGCACUACUACAAGGACUAAAAGGGUAGUGAUUUGCGAGUUUGAAGGCUGCAAGAAAGAGUUCAUCAAAGCUUGGAAUUUUCUUGAUCACUUCCGCAUGCACCAAGGGGUCAAGCCUUUUAUUUGCUCAAUCUGCUCCAACACGUUUACGCAGAAAGGGAAUCUCAAAAAGCAUAUGAGGCAGCAUAUCAAUAAAAAUGUUAGGGAUAGGAAAAUCCAUAAAUGACGAGUAUGCCCAAAAUCCUAUACGGAGAGGUAUAAUCUAAGAUCCCAUUAUGCAGCGAAGCAUCCUGGCCAACGAAUGCCUGAGCCGGCGCUCAAAACAGAUACGAGGCAAUAAAUCAAGAUCUUGAAAAAUCAGAAUUCCAAGCAAAUGAUUUUCUUAUGCUAAUUUUUGUUAUUCCAACUUCAA